GGCCAUCACUGGCUCUCCUAUAAGAGGCAGACAGCUGAGACCUGGCGAGUGUGAAUCUGAGACACCCAGUCACCUGUCAGUAUUGUAAGGACACCUUCUGGAAGGUUCAGUACGAAGACGUUUGCUGCAUUUCCUCUGCACCGUUCGGCACUGACAGAGGGGAGGGGAACACACUCAGAAGAGCCUGGACUGCAGAGUGAAUAUCUGGGAAACAGCUGCAUCUACUGUUUUUUUUUUUUUUUCAUUUCUCUCCAGCUCUGGGCUUUGUAGAACACUGAGUUCUUUCUCAGGGCAUUAGGCAUUAUCUCAGGCAUUUUCCAUCAUUCUUACGAUCGCCCAGCUCGCUCUCCACCCUACAACUGCAAACCAUACCUGCAAAGGAGGUAAAAGGACAACAAAAAGAUCUGUUUGGUGUGAAUCAGCCUCACUGAUUGGACGGAGUGAGACAGACGGAUCCUUUUUGCUGACACAGCCUUCUAAGAACUUUUGACCCUACGUCCCACAUCAGAGCUCCAAUUAUGCACCUGAAAACCACAAAGCAGGAUAACCUCUGCCUGGUCGUCUCCCUAGAGGACCAGGAGGUGUUCAGCAGGCCUGAGGUCCAGGCAAAGUUCGAGGAGCUGUUCCGCUCCUUCGAUGGUGGGGUCACGUUCCAGUUCUUCAAGAGCUUCCGGCACGUCCGCGUUGCCUUCAGCGAUGCACUGGCCGCCGCUGAGGCCAAAGAGAGGCUCAACAAGAGCGUCUUCAAUGGGAAGGAGAUGCGCUUGCAUUUCGCCCAGUCCGUACACAUCGGAAGCCCCCGUCUGGAACUCCCAAAGCCUCUGUCAUCACUUCCUGGGUGGGAGGAGCCACAGGAUGCUACUCCCAUCCUCAACUGUGACCUGUUCUGUGACAUCUCAAAGACCGAUGCAGGGGAGGAGUUUGAGCUGCAUUCCGGGACCCCCACCACCCCAAGCGUGGUCGUCCACAUCUGUGGGGGUGACGAAGCAGAAGGGGGGAGACAAUCCCACCCCAAAAUCAUCGAGACGCGACGUCCCGAUUACGUCCCCGCCGUCCUGCACUGAGUGACUGUUCCACGUCAGUCUCCUCCUUUAUUGCUAAGGGAUUGCAGGUCUUUCAAGGGACAUGCAGCCCCCAUCCCACCACUAGUGGGAGCCAUGUGACAGAGCCCAGCCCCGACAGAUACCAUUCCUGCCAUUGCAAUUUCAGUGAGGUUUUAGUCUAUAACACUGUCUUUCUGCCCUGGAAUCACACAGACCCACGGGGAGAAGACAAAUACUGAAAAAAUAUAUAUAAAUAUAUACACUACAUUUACUUCUUGCAUGAGAAAUGUGACAAGGAUGUAAGGGAAUGGAUGGGGAAGGGGGGCAUUCUGGACUUUUCCGCAGCAUCAUUAAUAUGCUCAUUCCGUCCUCGCCCUGUAACGGAAUGGGAGAUCCAGAAAGACUCUUGUUGGCAUGUCAUGUCAGCCGUAUCAUGUACAGUGCAUAAUGUAUCCUGACAGAGAAUGUGUUUCCGUUAUUCUGGCAAUGCUGUUUCGGCGACACUUUGUCCUGCUUUAGCCAUCACAGGAUCAAAGCGACGCACAUACCUUCCUGCACUCUUAGCUCUCACACCGCCUCAUCCACUUAUUUUGAACACUUUAACGGUGCUGUGUUCCAAAUCACCGUCAGCUUCGCCUCUUGUGCACUGAAUAAUGGGGAGCCUGUGGUCGUCCUGCUUAUAGCAUGUAUAUUUAGCACUUGUCUCCGUAUGAGGAACGUUCCCACGUUUGCACAUCCGUUCGUACAUGUCUGUUCAGCUCUGAUUUACCCCUUUGCAUCCCGGUCUUCUGCGAUCCUGCCAUUUCCACUACAGUAUGAAACCCUGCGCUGACUGAAAUGCUUUUGCGAAGAGACGCAGCUAAAACAAUGCAUCCGCGGCCGGGCAACCAUCACUAAACACUGUGCAUCGUAAAGACUAUUUGCAUGCUCUGGACUUAAAGCUUCGCAAUGCCUGCAAGUGGUUUAUGUGGUUCUUCUACAGUGCUGAGCCUGUUACAACAUUUGCAUCGCCAGGCAUCACACUGCAGAGGUGCUGGACAAUGUACUUUAACUUGGGUGACUUGCAUAAACCUGCAUUCAUGCUGUUGUAUUUCAAGUGCUUUAACAGAUGCCCUGCACUUGUUUGUAUUUUCAAAUGUCUAUUAAAUGUAACGUUUAGUCUGGAGAUUAAAAUAUGCCAACUUCUCUUGAAUAAAAACCAAACAUGGAAACUGAA